CACGCACGCACCCCUCCCCCUCCGCGCUCCUCCUCUCCCUCCCCCUCCGCGCAACAUCCGGAAGCUUCUGGAAAUCUGGAGGCGACGAACCCAGGAGCGGCGAAGCGCCUCCAAGCCCUAGGCGGGAAAGAUCACUAUGGGAAGAGGCUAUGAUUAUGGUCCAUCACCGCCAAGAGAAUACAGGAGAAGAGCCCGCAGCCCAAGUCCUCGUGGGCGCUAUGGAGGCCGUGACAGGGAUCUCCCAACUAGUCUUUUGGUGAGGAAUCUUCGCCGUGACUGUAGGCCUGAUGAUCUACGAAGACCAUUUGGAAAAUUUGGUCGUGUCAAAGAUAUAUAUCUUCCAAGAGAUUAUUACACUGGGGAGCCUCGAGGAUUUGGGUUCAUCCAAUAUUAUGAUCCUGAGGAUGCUGCUGAUGCAAAAUACCACAUGGAUGGGCAAAUUCUUCUUGGCAGGGAAGUUACUGUUGUAUUUGCUGAGGAGAACAGAAAGAAACCAUCUGAGAUGAGGGCUAGGGAAAGAGUCGGUAGCAGGGACCGUUCUUAUGAUCGCAGGUCGCGCUCUCCUAGAUACUCCCGCUCAAGGUCACCUGUGUACUCUCCAAGAUCACGGUCCCGUAGUCGAAGCUACUCACCUGCACCUAAGAGAAAGCACUAUUCAAGGUCUCCUGCCCGUCGGGAGAGAUCUCUGUCGCGCUCACCAGCGGACAGCAGAUCACGAAGUAGAAGCCUCUCUGAUGACCGCCGCAGCAAGUCACCUGACAGGGAGAGGUCUCUUUCUGUUAGCCGGUGAGGAGCUUAGGACCCAAAUGCCAACGGGGCACUGGGUUGAACCAUGUUUCGAUGAUGACUGCUUCUUGUUACUAGGUUGAACCAUGUUUCGGAAUUUUUAGGCCAUCCUGAUCUUCUAGGAAUGUUAAUGAUGUGUGGUCUUCUAGGAUUUCCUUUUCAUUGUUGGAUCCUGAAGAUAAAAAGUCGAAGCAUCGAACAACUUAUCAUAUUCUUUGACCUCGUGCCCAUUUUAAGUGACUGGUUAUUGCCUUUUGUGGUCCUGUAACGUUACCAAUGAUUUCCCCAUUGGCGAGCAGGCAUUGUUAAUGUAAGAACUCAAGUCAGGAUUACUAGUUGUCUCAAUUCUGCUUUUCAUACUCAUCAUCUGGAGGUUAUUUUGUUGGUUAAUAAGAACAGUUUUUUUUCUCUGAUACAAACAA